AUGAAUUAUUUUUUUAAUAGAUUUAACGACGUCGGCAACUUAUUUAUAACCAAUGUCAGUGUACAUCAAGAAGGGAGAUACGUCUGUAUAGCAAACAAUGUGGCCGGAGAGGAUAGGAAAACUAUUUAUUUGAAUGUUCAUGAGCCACCGAAGAUUAUAGAGCCAAAUGACAAGAGUUUCUUAGCAACAAACAGAGAUAUGGAAGUGGUGAUCAGUUGUAACGCUACCGGAAAACCGAAACCCUUUAUAGCCUGGAUCAGGGAAGGCUACUAUAUAGACAAUGAUUCAAACUUCGCCGUUGAUUAUGACGGUACUUUAACUAUUAAGUCGCCAUCUGAAGAACUGAGCGGCCAGUACACGUGUGUCGCUAAGAAUACCGCAGGAGAAGCGAACAAAACAAUACCAGUCGAUAUAUACUCUAUCCCGACUCAUAUGCAGUCUGAAGAAUCGCAUACUAAGAUUGUGGUAGUCGAAGGCACGAACGCGAGCGUGGAAUGCCCCUUGCAUGCGUCGCGAAAGGAUAUUGUCAAAUGGUAUAAGGAUGCUAAGAUGGUAUCUACUGGUGUCCUUCAAAUAAUGAAUGUAACUCGUCAGAAUUCGUCCGAGUAUAUGUGUGUAGUACACAAUGUAGCAGGAUCUGCGUUAGCGAGAGUCCUCGUCGAUGUACAAUGGCCGCCACGUCUACAACUACAUACAAAUAAUACGAUACAAAUGGAUGUUAUCAAAGGAAACGAUUGGUACUUUGAUUGUGCAGCGGAUGCGUCGCCUAGAGCUAAGACAAAAUGGUUGUUCAAUAAGAAACCGAUGGUGUUUGAAGACAGAGAUCGUCUAAAGAUAUUGAAUGUUGGUGAGAAACACGCCGGCAAUUACCAAUGCAUCGUCACCAACAUCCACGGGACCAUCUCUAACACAUAUGUAUUAAAUGUACUGGUGCCGCCAAUCAUAUCGGAGUUUGACUUAUUUGAAGUGCAACUAAAAGAAAAUUCUGAUGCUGCUUUAGAAUGUAACGCCAAAGGACUGCCAGUGCCCGAUAUCAAGUGGACAUUUAACAACUCUGAAUGGAACAUAGAAGGUUCAACUCUGAUAUCACGCAAUGUGUCUGUUGACGCUGGUGGUCUGUUCCGUUGUUCCGCUUCAAACUCGGCCGGUACAACCACGCUUACAUACAAUGUGACCAUCGUGUCUGGUGCUCGAAUACAAGAAAUAGUUCUAUACAGCCAAGGCGAGGGGCAGACUGUACUUACAAGAGCUGAAGUUAAAAAAGAUACUCGUGUCAGAAUGUCGUGUAAGGCGUCAGGUCAACCUGUACCUAAAAUACAGUGGAUUAAGACUGGAAAUGUCUUGAGUGAGAAUGAGUACAACAUUAGUUAUGCUGAUUUAGUAUUAGAUGACGUACAAACUGUACAAUCUGGGAUUUAUUCAUGUGUAGUGAUCAAUGAAGGUGGCAUGGACGAGAAGAAAUUCAGGCUGGAUGUUUUGGUACCACCGAAAAUAUUCAAUACACUAUUCGAGAACGGUAAUUCAACAGGCAACACUGUCAAUUUGGAAGUGCUAUUGGGACAGUCCUUUUCAAUGCACUGCCAUCCAUAUGGCAACCCAGUACCUGAAGUGUACUGGUUCAAAGAUGGCCUCCCACUGAGACUGUUUGAUGAUAGCAUGCUUUCCACUGAUUUCAGUGAAGUGAUCGUCUCGAAUAAAGCACUUUAUGAACAAUCUGGCAAUUACACAUGUGUUGCCAGAAAUAAUGUUGGCAACACUAGCUUUGUUUAUCUCGUUGAAGUUUUGGUCCCUCCACCGAUCCCUAAAGACACCGUAAGAACAUCUGCUACUAGAGUUGGACAUACACUGAAUCUAACGUGUCCAGUAGAAGGCAGCCCUACACCUGUAGUCACGUGGCUUCGACAACCCUACGUCGAGCUCGGUGAAGACACGCCUAGAGUUUCACUGCUCAACGAUAAUGUUACAUUGUUCAAAAGACUCACUAGUUUCCAGAAGCAAAGUUUGUUCCAGCUCAUUAACAAAACAGAAAUAUCAGACAGCGGUAAGUAUUCCUGCGUGAUGACAAAUAAAGUUGGCACUACGGAGAUAGUGUUCGACGUCACUAUCGACAUGCCACCUUCCAUUGCCGGUAAUGUUGGCAGCGAUAUAGUCGAAAAUCAUGUGGUGCCGUUGAUGAGAAGUAUUGUAUUGAAAUGCGAAGUGAAAGGUCAUCCGGCUCCUUGGAUCGCAUGGUUAAAGGAUACGCAACGGAUCCCCAACGAUUCAUCGAAUAUCCAACACGUGUUUGGUAGCAGCUUAUUAGGAGUAUGGCGUGUGACGAGCAAAGCCGCGGGACAGUACGUGUGUGUGGCGGAAAAUAAUGCAGGUGCGGCACACCGCCGAUACAACGUAGCUGUACAAGGUCCUAGCCUAGAACAUUCUAGGUUGGCCUCGGCUCUACAGGUCUAUUCGAGGUAUUACCAAAAAGUUCUAGAACAGUUACCCGUCCCUUGCUUUCCCAGUGACUGUCCCUUAGUGGGUGUCCAUAAAUUACUGCCUGGCAAGUGGAGUGCUUGGUCCAAAUGGGGUUUCUGUAACACCACAUGCGGUUUGGGAUAUCAACACAGACACCGCAUCUGUCAGUAUAUAGACGACGAUAAUGUUACAUACGACAAGACAACAAAAUCGGACAAAGUAGUUUUGGACAUGUCUGAAUGCAAAGGUUCAGAAGUAGACAAGCGAAGAUGUCACAUGCCGCCGUGUGAGGAGCCGGCUAUAGCUCGUUGGUCGCCUUGGUCGCCUUGGUCUAGUUGUUCUGCUACAUGCGGCUCUGGUACUCAGGCGCGAACUCGUCGAUGCAAGUCCACGCGGCCAUGCUACGGUACUAAUGUACAGUUAAGAAAGUGUCCUGGUUUACCUCAAUGCGAAGUUGGUGCCGAAAAACGCGCGGUGGAUGAUUCCAGUUUGCAGCAGACAACAGAAUCGGUAAUUUUACAGUUUGUCUUAAUGUGCCUCAGAAAUGGUCACAGAAAGUCGUAUUCGUUUAGUCCUAUUCAGCGUAAGAGAAUAGCAUCGUUCAUGUCCAGAGUCGACAGGUCUGAUAAUGCUGUGAUAAAGGGUCUAGCCGAAAGACUUGGGCAAACUGAUCCGUAUAUGCCAGAAGAAAUCUAUGAAAUGGAACCAGAAGUUGUAAGCAUGAACAAAAACAAGCCACCGGAUGUCGAAGAAUUUGAUGUUAAAACAGCACCGCGUAUGCCAUCGGAAGUAUUCUUCGACGUGCCGGUAACUAGUAACUUAGACUUCAGCGAUCCUGGCCCGUGCCGUCCAGGGUUCAUACAUAACAACACGUUCAACACAUGUGACGGAAUGGGUCAUAACCUAUUGGGUUCGGUGUGCAUCGGCGGGGUAAUUUUAUCAUUUAAUGCUCACGAAACAUUACAUGCUACUAGCAUUGGCAGAGCAGGGGCAAGUGCGGGCACUUGCCGCUGGCGCCAGUACAUAGACGAGUGCGGUAUAGAGUACAACCAGUGUCACGUGACUCAAGUAUGUGUGAACACUCGUGGCGGGUACAGGUGCGGCUGCGAACAAGGAUACACGUCACUGGGGGCCGGACAGCGAUGUCUAGCUCAGGGCCUAUCGAAAGUCCCACCCAAACUUGGAGUCACUGAUGCGAACCCAUUGUUCGAGAACCAAAGCGAAUUCUGGCCAAAUCGUCUAAGGGCUUGUAUUAAAAACAAGGGCGGUCAUUUUGAAUAA